AAAAUUUAAAUCAGCAGGAAUACCAAUGGUAAAUUGAAUCCUUUCUAAGACCAAAAGAGAAGAAAACUAAAGAUGAAGAAAGGUUAGUAGCAAGAUACAGGAAAAUAAUGGUAAAAGAGCGAAAAAACAAAAAAAGAGAAGAGAAAAUGGAAGAGAAAUAGAAGAGAAAAUGAGACUGGAAGAGUGGUAUUAUAGGAGAAUGGACAUACAUUGCUUUUAGAGUGUGAGUGUGAGAACGAACUAGAAAACAGAACGAAAAAUGGGCCGGAACAGCAAGAAACAGGACACAGCAGAUACUCGUUCUCCCAGACUCGAUGUGUGGGAAGCAGAAGAAACAGAAGAAACAGCGAAAGAGGAAGCACAGGCACCACAGGCAGCACCCAAAAAGCAGCAACACCAGAAAGAGCAACGAUAAGA